AUGGAGAUGAACUCUCGGAAAGCACAGAAUAUGUCUCCUUCUGUUAGGUCUCAAAAAGGCGUCACAGAUACGGUAGCCGCAACAGACGAGAGUGCAGAGGCAACCUCGGCUACACCUGUCCCGCCUGGUCCUCCACCCGACGGCGGCCUUCUUGCGUGGCUUCAUGUCCUCGCAGGUUUCUUGCUGCUUCUCAACAGCUGGGGAAUCAUCAACGCCUUUGGCGUGUUCCAAUCCCACUAUGAGUCGGGGGUCCUUUUCCAAGCUUCGUCAUCCGCGAUAUCGUGGAUCGGUUCGGCACAGGCCUUCUUCAUCCUCUUCUCCGGAAUCGUCACGGGCCCCAUAUACGACAGAGGCCACGCCCGGCCCUUGCUAGUCACGGGCGGACUCCUCAUUGUCAUCGGUCAUGUGGCGCUGGGCAGCUGCUCCAAGUACUGGCAGGCCCUGCUGGCCCAGGGCAUUUGCGGCGGCGUCGGCGCAGGCUGCCUCUUCGUGCCGACCAUCUCCAUAGUGCCAACAUACUUCAGUACGCGCCUCGGACUGGCUGUAGGCAUUGUCAACGCCGGUGCCUCGCUAGGGGGGGUCAUCUUCCCCCUGAUGCUGUCCAGACUGCUUUACAGCGUCGGCUUCGCCUGGGCGGUCCGGGCCAUGGCUCUGGUCUCGCUCGUGACUGUGAGCCUCGCCGUCUGUAUUGUGCGGCCGCGCCCCAAGCUGGAGGAGCCCAGAAAGCCCGUCGACUUGACUGCCUUUGUCGACAGGCCCUUCAUGAUGCUGGUCGUCGCAACACUCCUGGCGAUGAUGGGAGUUGUGGUCCUGCAGUUCUAUGUUGCAUCAUUUGCCGACUUCUUUGGGCUGUUUCGCGGUGGGCACUCGGCCUACCUCGUGGCCAUCUACAACGCUUCAUCUUGCUUUGGCCGAGUCCUCCCCAACUACCUCUCGGAUAAGAUCGGUCUCUUCAACCUGCUGGCACCCGCAGCGGCCGCGAACGGCAUCGUCAUCCUUUGUCUGAUCAUCGUGCGGAGCCAGGCUGCCGUCACAACCGUCGCCGUCAUCACGGGGUUUCUAGGCGGAAUCAUCAUCGCCAUGCCCCCGGUCUGUAUGGCUCUGCUCACGGAGAACAAAGCCUUGAUGGGCACGCGCGUGGGCACGGGAUACGCUGUCAUUGCUCUGGGUCUACUGUCGUGCGGACCUCUUGCUGGCGCAAUCCUGGGCCCCGUAAACCAUGAUUAUCGCUGGGAAGGCUUGUGGGCGUACAGUGGUGUGUCGCUGCUGCUGGGCUCACUGCUCUAUUUGGCUAUAAGAGUGCAAAGGGGCGGUCUUGAGGUGAUGGUUAAAGUAUGA